AUGUCGAAAGGAUUAAUUUUCAUUACCGGAGCCACAGGUUUCAUCGGUAGCGCCACAGCAGUGGAAGCCCUCAAGUCAGGGUACCGAUUGCGGAUCUGCGUUCGCAAACCUUCUCAGCAGCUGGAAACUUUGCUUUCAGAAUACACCAACCAGCUUGAGUUUGUCAUCGUUCCAGACCUCACCGAUGAGACGGCCUUCGAUGGUAAAUUGGAUGGAGUGGACUACGUGCUUCACCUUGCAUCUCCGCUCCCUCAUGGAACCAACAAGGAAUCGUACUUCAAUCCAGCUGUGAAGGGAACUACUGCCGUGCUGAAAGCAGCUGAAAAAGUCCCGAGCAUCAAGAAAGUUGUGGUAACUGCUUCGAUUGCUUCUUUGAUCCCAUUAGGUGGUAUUCCAGAGGGUGGUGUGAUUAAAGGUAGUGCAUCCCAUACAUCCCCAGUGGCUUUGCAAUGGCAAAGAGUACUGACCAAGGGUAUAGAGGACAAUGAUUGGGACUUCUCAGUUGACGAGAACGGAUCUUUCGAGGAUCCUCAAAAUCCAGCUGCAACACCAAUGAAACUGUAUUUAGCCUCGAAGCUCCUCUCAAACAACGCAGCCUGGGAAUUUCGGGCAGCUACUAAGCCGCACUUUGCGUUGGUGACCUUGCACCCUGCAUUUGUGUACGGACACAAUCUUGUGCAGACUUCUGCUGAAGGAGUCAAGUAUGGUUCGAACGGGAAUUUGUGGAGUCUCAUCAUGCAAGCCAACCCCAACGCGAGUACUACAGGUGUACAUAUCCAAGAUGUGGCCGAGGCUCAUAUCAAAGCGCUUGAUCCGAAGAUUGUGGAUGGCUCAAAGUAUCUGCUGGCCGGUCCGAAGACGACUGGAUCGGAGAUUGCACGCAUUGUGCACAAAUUAUAUCCCGAUUCUGGUGCAUUGAUCAAUGAGGAUUCCCAGGGGUUUGCGAUGCCAAAUGAUACCACCAAGGCGGAGACUGAGCUUGGGAUGAAAUGGCGCUCCGUCGAGACCAUGGUACGGGAGGUUAUGGAUCAACAGCUCGGAUUUUUGCAAGGAAAUUAG